AUGGUAUUAGACCAUCCGUCUUCGUCAAAGGAGUCUUCAUCAAAGGGCUCUUCGUCAAAAGGAGUCCGGAGUCUUCAUCAAAGGAGUCUUCGUCAAAAGGACUCUUCGUCAAAGGAGUCAGGAGUCUUCGUCAAAGGAGUCUUCGUCAAAAGGAGUCUUCGUCAAAAGGAGUCCGGAGUCUUCAUCAAAGGAGUCUUCGUCAAAGGACUCUUCAUCAAAAGGAGUCCGGAGUCUUCAUCAAAGGAGUCUUCGUCAAAGGAGUCCGGAGUCUUCAUCAAAGGAGUCUUCGUCAAAAGGAGUCCGGAGUCUUCAUCAAAGGAGUCUUCGUCAAAAGGAGUCUUCAUCAAAGGAGUCUUCGUCACAAGGAGUCCGGAGUCUUCGUCAAAGGAGUCUUCGUCAAAAGGAGUCUUCGUCAAAAGGAGUCCGGAGUCUUCAUCAAAGGACUCUUCGUCAAAAGGAGUCUUCGUCAAAGGAGUCUUCGUCAAAAGGAGUCUUCGUCAAAAGGAGUCUUCGUCAAAAGGAGUCUUCGUCAAAGGAGUCUUCGUCAAAGGAGUCUUCGUCAAAGGAGUCUUCGUCAAAGGAGUCUUCGUCAAAAGGAGUCCCGCGGCUCCGAACCGGGUCGCCGGUUUCCAUCGGUCGUAA